AUGAGCUCUGACAGGUCCCUGGAGAACAGUGAGGGACACUCAAAGGCAAUAAGCUGGAAGGCCACGGCCAGAGAUGAUUUCAAAGACAUUUCCAGAUACUUAUCCAAGAAAGAAUGGACAGAGAUGGGAGACUGGGAGAAAAUCCGAUACAGGAAUGUGAAAAGGAACUAUGAAGCACUGGUCGCUAUAGGUCUCAGAUCUUCUCAACCAGCUCUCACGCGUCAUCGCAGGCAGGCCACCAAGCCCCAGGUGGAUGACACUGAGGAUUCUGAUGAAGAAUGGAUGCCCAGUCAGCAAGAAAAACCUUCUUGGGUGGCCUUUAGAGUGGAACAGAGUAACAACCAGAAGAUGUAUUUGAUACCCUCUGUACAUUUCUACAUUUCCUCUUCUGAGCAGGCCCAGAAACCAGUUUCCCCUCCUGGAAAAGCAAGUACCUCUGGACAUCACUCUAGACAAAAAAUGGAACUUGCGGGAGAGGAGACUGAAGUAAAGACAUAUAACCUACGAGAAAGAAAGGGUUGUGUGUAUCAAGAGGUCAGCGAGCCCCAGGAUGAUGAUUACCUCUAUUGUGAGAAGUGUCAGAACGUCUUCAUUGACAGUUGUGCUGCUCAUGGGCCCACUGUGUUUAUAAAGGACAUUGCAGUGGACAAGGGACAUCCCAACUGCUCAGCCUUCACUCUGCACCCUGGGCUGAAAAUCAGACCAUCAAGCAUCCCUGAGGCUGGGCUUGGAGUGUGGAAUGAAACAUCUGAUCUGCCGUUGGGUGUGCACUUUGGCCAAGAGGGCCACAUCACAGAAGAUGAAGAGGCGGCCAACAACGGGUAUCCUGGCAGCACAUUGAUAACAAUACGAAACUCUUGUUUUUAUGUGGAUGGAAAGGACAAAUCUUGCACCAAUUGGAUGAGGUAUGUAAACUGCGCCAGGGAUGACGAGUUGCAGAACCUGGUGGCCUUUAAGUAUCACAGUCAGAUCUUCUGAAGAACAUGCCAGGUCGUCAGGCUGGGCUUUGAACUGCUGGUCUGGUAUGGAGAUGAGUAUGGCCAGGAGCUGGGCAUCAAGCAGGGAAGCAAGUGGAAGGGAGAGCUCACAGCAGAGAGAGAGCCAAAGCCAGAGAUCCAUCCCUGUGUCUCCUGCUCUCUGGCCUUCUCCAGUCAGAAAUCCCUCAGCCAGCAUGUGGAGCACAGUCACCCCUCUCAGAUCCUCCCACAAACACCUCCAGGAAAACAUCUCCAACUAGAGGAUUCCUGUCCAGGCCAACACAGCUGGAGUGACAAAGCUGAAGGUCAAGAGGUCAAAGAAAGGUCCAAAACUUUGCUUAAAAGUUUAAGGCAGAAAUGGAUUUGGGGGACCUUUUCCAACCCACCCAAAGGACAAAUGGGGGGCUCCAGGACACAUAAAAUAAUGAUGGAGGCCAGCACAGGCCAGAAAGUGAAUCCAGAAGACACAGACAAAUCAUUUGUGGGGGCAGUUCCUCCCGCUUUGCUGACCUGGGAGUCGCGACCUCCAGCACAGAGACGGCGGCUCCCACCCCGGUUGCUCGGCCCUAGGGCGGUGGUACGCACCUUAAGCCGGGAAGAAGAGACGGCCACCCGUGUCUUACUGCAGGGCUGUCGUCACAGUUUGUGCCAGUUGCGCGACAGCGUCCGCUCAGGGAUCAGCGCAGGGCCAGACGGGCCUAGCGCUGAGAAAGAGCUGCAGCAAGCUUGCAUUGGGACUGACACCCAAUGUUCUAGGCAAAGAUUGGCUGAUAUGAUGCUGGGUGUUCUUCUGGCCAUGGGCCCUGAUGAUUUCCCAAAUGGUCGAUAA